CCUGUAUACAAUGUGUACAUGAUAUGUAUUAGUGCACUGCACAUGCUGUGUUAUCCCUACAGACAUGCAGUGAUGCUAAUGAUAGAGUAGACGUGCAAUCAUUCAUUACCUAAAUAAAUUACCAGCUACAUAGUAAUGGUGUAUGGAACUCAUUGAUCACACAGGAACUUGGGCUUCUGCAGCUCUGACCAGGGUAGUGGUGAAGGUGAUGACGAAUUUGGAGUGUAUCCUCAUGGGAUCUGGAGUGACGUCUUCACAGAAGCCACUCGAUUAAGUCUUCUUGACCAGCCCUUCUCCUCCAGUCGUUUUAUAGGACUUGGUCUUAAAUGAGAGAAGCUCACACAGCCUAGCAGUCAGUGUCAGUGGGAGAGCUGUAGAAGCGCUGCUGUAACUUCACACAAGCACUACACCAGCCUUGCAGGAGACUUGCCGAGAGUUUCAGCACCUCGGAUAGCAGCCGGUCCAGCACUGUGCAUCUGGAGUACACUGAAACUGCCCUGUCUUUUGGACACGCAGGGUACUGAGAGGGACUGCAGCAAUUCACUGUGAGUACUUUAACACUCAAAGCAUUACUGCACUAACACACACACACACACAGACACACAUUACUAGAGCACAAACACACACGCAAAUGUGAGAUUUCUAACUGGUUUUUAAAACUUUGAAUUACAUGAUUAUUACUUGAUUGGACUAGUUUACAACAAACACAAACAUUUGAAACAUAUGAAUGCUGAAAUAACAGUUAACCUGAAACUAUUAGGAAGAUGUAUUAAGGCAAAACAAGUGCUAUUCUGGAUGCAAAGUGCUAAAUGUUCAGAGGUUUCCAUGGUGAUUGCUCGUUAUUUCGCACUUUGCCCUAAUAUAGCACCUGUUUUUCCUUGAUAAAUCUCCUCCUUCAUAUUGUAAUUAAAUAUAUAGUUGUAAAUGAUCUUUUUGUAUCUGUCAAGAUAAUUCUAACACAAAUGGUAACUUUAUUCCGAGUAUUUAUUAUGACAGCUUUGCACAUCAACUUUUGUGAUAUAUUUUGAUUCUAAAUUACAUAGCUUGAUAAGAAAAAACAUAAAAUAAACAAGUUCAUUAUAAUUUCUAAAAUGUGGUUAAUUAACAUUUUUUUUAAAACGUAAAUGCUUAGUUAUCAUUAAAACGUGUUCUCAUUUUUUAAACUCAUACCUAUAUCAUUAAAAGGUAUUCUCUUUCUUGACAAUUAACUUAUGAUUAAGAAAGCAAUUGCAAUAAAUAGCUGGAUGUACUAUAAAAUAAAAUGCUAGUGUUUUAUAUUAUAUGUUCCAAUGGAAAUCUUUGUGACAUUAAAUUGUCAUAUGUUCAUUUUGUUUUAUGUUGUUUGGCUUAGAUCACACACACACACACACACACACACACACACACACACACACACACACACACACACACACACACACACACACACACACACACACACACACACACACACACACACACACACACACACACACACACACACACUUAUUGAAGCCAACAAUGACAAAUAGAACAAUACACUUUAUGUGGAAUGUGUAUUCAUGGCUCAGGAAUUUCCAAGUCCAAUUUAUAAGUGUACAGAUCAGGUGGAUAUUGCAGUGGCAUGCACAUAUAAAACUGAUCAAAUACACUAAGUGUACACAUAUAAAAACUAAUUAAAUACUCUUUUUUUAUAACACUAAUGACCACACUUUAAUAUUCAGCUGAAUGUGUCAGAUAUAUGUUACUUAACACAUGAAGAAGAGGAUAAUUACUGUUUGCUGAAUAACCAUAUGUUGCAUAUGUAUACUAUAGUAGCACACACUUAUACAGACACAGAUAUAUUCUGUAUUUAGGUGUUAUAUAUGUAUUUUAACAGUGAUGAUGUAUUUAAACCAUUAACACAUGUGGAUUUAUUAAGUUACUAUAUAAAUGAAAAUGUUAGGUAUAUGUUGCUGGGACAUUUAGUAUAUGUGACAUGAUUUGUAUUUUUGAAUUAGCAGGGCUGGACUAAUGGAGCAUAGAAAUACUUUCCACUUCCUGGUGUCUUUUACACUUUUCAGUGUUUUAUAUUUCCCUGCAUUGGCAUUACCACCCUUAGGGACCUAUUCUAAUAGCAGGUAAGGGCUCUUGUUCAAUCCACUGACUUCACUAACCUGUUGCACUACUUCCAUUUCACAGUCUUAAAUAAUUGAAGCUAUUAUAAAGUUUAGUUUAAUAUGCUUAAUUAUGCUUAAUUGCUUGUGUGCUAUACCUAAAACUGUAUAGAUAAUGUACAGUAAGAAUAGACGUUAGAAGUAUUACAACAGUAUUACAAGAAUGGAUGUAUUAAUAUAGAUGGUCAGUACUAUGUACAGCAUAUAAUAUUACAGUAUAUUAUUAAGGGUGUGAAGCACUGAAUUAACACUUAAAUAAAUAGAAAUUAUUCACAAAACCACAAAUUGCCAGGAAUUCAUCCGGAAUUACAAAUUAUAGUCCAAAAUAUCUAAAUUAGAAAAUGUCUCCAAUCAAGCUAUGUUUCCAGCUCAGCUAUUUUGAAUUUAAGCAUGAAAUUCCCCAAGGAAAAACAGACAAUUCAAGGUUUAGUGAAUGACGAAUCCAAUGAUUUCUGUUAAGAAAUAUAUCUUCAAUGCACCAGAGUUUUUUUUGAGUGAAUUGACCAUUGAUAAGUUUACCCUUUUUUACCUGGAGAUGCAAAGUUGCUCUUUACUAAUAUUUAUAGCACAGCUGACAAAGUGUUGGACCCAAUAUAUUUUUGUUCAAUAUAGGAUUUCGUUUAUUCUUUUUCAAGGAUCUUCAAGACUCAUCAACCAGUAAUUAUAAAUGAUAUUUCAUAAACAACAACUGGUUAAAUAAUGUGUGGGGGAUAUCAUCUUUGGAUGAUUUUUUAUCUAAAAUUAUUACAAUACACCUCUCCAUAUUUUAACAAACUCACAGCUUGAAACUGGGUUUUUAAAAAGAUCUGGAUGGGAUUAACAAAAAAGCAACAUCCCAAAUAUCUCUACAAAAUUAAUUCUGAAUUAUAUAUGCCUUCACAAUUUUAAUUUGUGUUCUUAAAUAAUUGGAAUUUGGCAAAAUUAACUAUGUUUAGAGGAAGGGAGUACCUGACAGACAGAAAUCGUGUUUGUAAAGAUGAUUGGCAUCAUAUGGCUUACUUGUUGAAAUCUUAGAAUUUUAGCAGUGGAAUACGUACAUUUAAAUGCCGGUCAAUUAGUUACAUAGAAAAAAAUAUGAAAAUAAAUUAAGAAUAAUUCAACCACAAGAGGGCAGCUUCAUAGUGGAAUAAUAUGAGAACAAGUGUAGUUUAUCAACUUUCCAACUGUGUCUGUAAAAUGGUCCACAUUUUGGCAGAUUCUUUGCUCAAAAUAAUCCAAGUUAUCAACGUGAGAAUAUAUUAAAAUUAAAUGGAAGAAUAAAUCUAUAUUAAAGACAGUAAGAGUAAAUAACAAUUUACGUUUUUACACUCUUCUUCUUAGUUCAAACAAUGCUCUAAAAAUGCAUUUUUCCAUUUUAUCCAGAAAUCAAAAUACUAUGAAUAUCUUUUCUUUAGGGUCAUCACUUUGUGCCUACAUGAAAUCAGUCUAUUACUUAUUUGAAACAGCAAGUCUUUGAACAUUAAUAGUCAUUAUUCAUUUUAUCUUGAAAACUUCAAAUUGUUUUAGACUGAUGGCAAAAAUCAGAGAGAUAAUUGACAUGCCUGGAUAUGUCAAUAACCAGUGGCAAGCCCAUGGUCCCUUAUCUUGAGGUGGAUGAGAUACAGAUUCUUCAUGAUGUAGCUUUUGGAUAAGGCAUUCUUUUUUACCAAAUUUUAUCUGACUGCUAACACUGAGCUAAAACUAGAUUGAAACUAUAUGUAUAAAUGCCUAAAUCAUUUUGGAAUUGUUCCUGAUGUUACAUAUUUGUACUGAGAUUUGCACUAACAAGAAAUCAUGAACUUUUGGUGGUAGCCAAGUAUUAAGUAUUGUAAAAUUGGAAAUCCCUAAAUUGUGAACUGUUGGUGGUAGUCAAAAAUCGUUAAACAUGAACAAGAACAUGCUAAUUGAAACAGAUUGAUGACUUAUAAUGUAUUGAACAAAAAUGGGAAUGCAGAUUUACUGAAUCUAAACUGGCUUAUUUAUAAGGUCCUGUGUAUUUGUAAACCAACUGGCCACCGCUUUGAUUGCCCAUUGCAUUGCUGUGUGCAGAAAAAUACUUUUACACUUGUUUAAGUCUCAAAGAGAGAAUAGGCAAACAGGUCAUGCAGUGAGCUAUGAUAUACUAACAAAUGAAUUUAAAAAUAUAGGACAAUAUAAAAAAGUUGCCAAAAUCUCAAACCUAAUAGUUAUUCAAUGUUAAUUUGACCUGUAUGUUACCGGGAUCUAAAAAUCACCACAAUACACUGCUUAGAAAAUAAACCAGUUGUCUAUUUGUGUAUUUUCUGUGUAUAUGGAACUUGAGUACUAAAAACUCAAUUUGCAUACUUCCUAAAGCUAACGUUUUUAUAUAACAGACACAAAUAAAAGCAUAGGAAAAGGGUAGACUUCUAGCUCCUCUUGACUUUCAUUUUCUGCAAUUUUGAAGAAAAAAAAGACUUUAUUUGAAUAUUGGUCUUUAUUAAGCAUACAUUCAUGCCAAAUGCAACUAUUUUCUGGCAUCAAAUUGACAGCAUGUCUACUGAAAUAUAAAAGCAGUUGUGAAAAAGAGCACUAUGAUAUAGAGUUUAUUUCCAUUAUAUUCACAAUUUUUCAUUGAAGAAAUAUAUUUUUAACAACAUUUAUAAGUACCCCAGCUGUCAUUAUUACUUUGUUUUUCUGUCUGUCUUUAGAUUACAAGAUCUAGUGCACUUGCUCUUUGUACCAUUUGUCUGUGUCUAUAUUAAUAUCACAAAUCUGUGUUUUCAGUGUACAAAACUGCAAUACUGUUGCUGGUUUUUAAAAUUAAUUUUAUUAAUUUUAAUAAUUAAUAAAAAAAAAUGGAAUAAUAUGGUUCCUUGUUUUGAAAGCUCAGAAACAACAUGUUUAAGCUAAGUUGACACUGUUGUGUUAAAUAGAAUUAAACAUUCAAUCACUUGCUCAAUCAAACAUUUAGUGACAUUGUUUUCUACUCAGUUUUUAUUGGUUAGUAAUUAGUUGACAUACCAUUGAUCUUACAGAAUCAUUUAGCACAAUGAAUAAUACACAGAGGCCCCAAUUUAAUAUUCUUGAAUAAGCUUCCCAAACAAUUUAAUAUAUUUGGAUAUACUUUUCAAAUUAUUUUUUCAAAAUAUUAAAAAAUAAAAAAACAUAUCAUAUAUAAACAAUAUAUCAAUGUAUUAAAAAAUUUAAAAUACUUUUCAUAAUGUUUAAUCAUAUUAAAUGUUUAUCCAAAAAUAUUAAAUAAUUUGAAAAGCUUAUCCAACAACAAUACAUUUAACCCAUAGUGUUAUAGAUGGAUGCAAAUCUAUGUUUUAAAGUAUAUGCUCACUGAAUGUAACAAUUUUGAUAGGUUGGUUAGAAUUCUUUUUAACCAUUGGUCAUGCUUACCUUUUGCCAACUUAUAUCUUUUUGUGCAAAAAGUUGAGGCAGAACCAUGGUUUUGAACAAAAUGUUUUAUCAAAUAGUUGAAAAGCAUAUAAUAUAUUAAUUUAAUAAUAAUAAUAUGUAUAUUGAAUAUUAUGAAAUGCAGAAUCUCAGUCACUAGGCCUACUUGUAUGGUGUAUUUAAAAAAAAAGGUGAAUUAUAAAAAAAAAAGUAUUGCGUGGAAACAACAAAACCAAAUUAUUAAACAGAUAAUGAUAGAUACAGAUGUUUAUACAUAUUCAAAAUAUCUAAUCAUUUCUAUUGUCCAAAGUAGCAAUACUUAAACUAUGAAUAAGUAAAAUUAAAGCAUGUAUUAUCUUUUUCUAAUCCUUGUUUUAGGUUGGGAAACCGAUUGCCUUUUGAGGGAGCUGGAGAACCUGAUCAGACUCAGGUAUCAUUAAAACCAGAUUCGGAAAUGUUACAGAACACCCUACCAGACAAUGACAAGUUCUUUCUUGACAUGUCCAGAGCUGUUGGCAGGUACUUAUGUGUACAUACUUGUCUUAUUAACCUAUCAUUUGGUUUUCUUCUUGUUGAAAUUGUUUGCGGUAAUGUUGUGCCUCCUCUUUAUUACACUAAUGUUAUAACUGGAAUGACCAGAGUAGCAUAUUGACGAUAAUGGUUCAUUGACUUUACUGUCAUAGUGACUAAUGUCUGCCAGAGGGUUGCAUAUGUUAUAAUAAAAACAAGAGAUUAAAUAUAUAUUAAAAAAACAGCAAAUGCUAAAAAUUUGUGCAUGCUAACAAUUUUUAGUUAGGCCCCAUUUCUUCACCGUUAACUCUAUUGGCGUAAUGUAAUAUUGUUUUGAAUUAAAUUUAGGCCUCCAGUCUUGGCAAUACUGAUAUUCCUAGUGGUUUAUUAGGUCAAGGUCAUGAUGAUACUCACCAUGCCUCUGGAAUUGCUAGGAAUGUAGGGUCAGAUUAUAUUUUUCAGUAAAUGUAUGAAAAAGAAUUGUAUUUGAUGUCAAGUGUUCUAGUAAAGCCAUUGUGGUGUUUGUUCAUCAUGGAUGCUGCAAAAUGCCAACAAGACAGAUUAUUAUUAUUCUUUGCCAGCAUUAUAGCUGUAAGAGGAGUUUGGGUGAUGUAGUGCACAACAUCUGGGGUGCCAAAAGUUACCUACCCCGGGCAUAGACUCUAAUUGUGUAUCUCUAUAUUUAUACUACAAGCUUACUGUCCAGGGGACCUGCCCUCCCCCACUCCCCCAUCAUCCUUGACAGACAAAAACCUUAAUCUUCUGAUUCUUAAUCCAUUCUAUAAUGGACAUUUAGUAGACCGUUUAUCUGUUUAUCUGAAUUUAAGUAGCUUAAAACUACAUACUCCCCAACUAUGGCCUCAAUUUGAUAAGUUGGAUAAGGUUUUUAUAUGAUUUGAUAUAUUCGGAUAACAUUUUUAAAUUAUUUCUAAAAAAUAUUAAUCUAAAAUGUCAUUUAUAAAAAAUAUCAAAAUAAUAAAAUAUUAAAACAUGUUUUCAAAAUAUAAAAUCAUCUUAAAAAUGUAUCCAAUAAUACUAAAUCAUUUAAAAGAUUAGGCAAAAAACAUUAAAUUGAGCUCUAUGUUUUCAAAUGCAACUAUUGUCCAUUGUAGGGGGAAGGUCUACAGGAUAUGGAAAAUAUAGAAAGGAUCUGCGCAUGAUCCUACUAAAUGUGAGCUAAAAUUAAGAAGAAGUAGUGAAAGUCGAGGAGCUAGCUUUGUUAAAUUCCAAAGAAUAUGUAUAACUGUAGAUACUGUUGUCACGUUAAAGGAAUCUGAAAUAUCCUCAAAUCAAUUAUUCAAAUUCAUUCACACAUUAAACUAUUAAUUUUCUAGCCAAUCUAGUUCUUUGUAAUAAUCAUCCUCUUCUCUCAAGCCUUAAAAGUAAACAGAGCACGAACCUAGAGAGCUUCACUCAGACACCACCCUCUUUCAUCCACAGUCCAUCCAUUAUGUGUGUGUUAUAGCACUUGUCAUCAUAUGUCUUGAUGGUUAAAAUAAAUUUUUCAUUUGUUUGAAAGAACUUCCAGACAUGCAGAUGGUCUCUUUACCAGUGGGUACAGCAAGCUUUUGGGCCAGCUUUCUGCAAGAAAAUAUUUAGAAUCUCUAAUUGGCAAAAGAGUAAGGUAAGAUACAAUUUGAGUCUACUUUAUGAUAUUGAGAUUUUUGUUACAAUUUGUACCUUGCAUAUAUUUUUAAAAUGCCAGAUCAAGCCACUGUAUAGAUGUAUAAAGAUGUUACCAUGUUACCAUUAAUUGCUAAAUGGAACAUUUCUUUCCUAAGCCUUUGCUAAGUUAAGUUUUUAUAAUGUAUGGAUGGCUUUAUUUUAAUAAUAUUUUAUUUGAAUUCAGUUUUAAUAAUGCCCCUUUAACACAAAAGUGUGGAAGUUUGUGGAAAAAAUUAAUAAUAAAAAAAAAUAAAAAAACCCGUCUCAAUAGUAAUUGGUUCCAAUUUAGCAUAUUACAAUGGAAAAUUAGCACAUAAGCACAUUUCUAUUGGAAAAUAAAGUUUUACUGAUUCAGCAAAAACAUGGAACUGAUUAAUAAUGAAAAAAUGUGCGAUUCAAUCAAGGUCAAUUAAACUUUUCUAUACUGAAUUGGAAUUAGAUAUUAUGAAGAAAUUCACUUAGCUACUACGCAUAUAUGUAUAAUAUUAUGGAAAAUAACAUUGUACAUUAUUUUGGCUAUAUCUGAAAGAACUGUAUACAAAGAUUUGAUUGUAAUAUAGUUUUUUUUUUUUUUCUUUAAACAUCUUAUAUGGUUUUCCUUUGGCCAAUUACAUUAAAGAAUACAAUAAUUUUAAUUGCAUGCAUUAUUUGAUCCCAUUGUUUUACAUUAUUUUUACUUGUCCUCACAUUUCCAAUUUUAUACAAUAUGGUUAGUCAUUGAAAGAGUUUAUAGAAUAUUCCUGCAAACGAUUUAGCAUUUACCUUUGCUAUCUUAGAACUAAUAUGUUUGAUAUGGGUUAACAUGUAGGGACUAACUUUCAACCAUCCACCUGUCCAUAAAAAUUGCCCUAAAUAAUGUUACUUUAGUUGAGGGGUAAGCAACAUUUGGUACUCCAGAUGCUGUGGACUCCCAUAAUGCUCUUACAUCCAUAGUGGUGACAAAACAUCAAGGGGAUGCCAAAGGUUUCCUAUCAUUGUAUUAGGCCAUUAUGUUCUUUGGAAAUUCCAGUUGAGACACAGAAGCCAUUCUCUGAGAGAAUAAGCAGGUUAAAAAUUCAGAUGCCAGAUUCACUUUUUUGUUUUGGAAGACACCAUCAGCACAGUUUUUGAAAUUAACUUGUCUUAAUUUUUCAUUUGUCAAUCAGCAACAAUGUCGUGGAAGAACAGUCCCCAGUAAAACGGCACUCAGAUGCAGUUUUCACUGAUAACUACAGUCGCUUUAGAAAACAGAUGGCUGUAAAGAAGUACCUGAAUUCAGUCCUUACAGGAAAAAGAAGGUAUUGAAAAAAAUUAAGCCAUUUAAGUGAGUGGAGGGCAUUAUUAACACUUGAUCAUGAAUCUAAUUAUCUUUAAAGAGUGACCUAAAAAGAUUUGUGACUAGAUUAACUAUAGUGUAGCCCAAAGAUUAGGCAUAUUGAAAAAUAACAUUUUCUUAAUGGAUGCUAUUACAUAAAAUCCAUUACAGUAGCCCCUCCAUUUUUAACAAAAUAUGUCAAUGUUUGUGCUUUCCACCCCUCGUUAUCUCUUUUUGUGUCUCAUACUUUUUUUUUCUUUGGAUAUCUCUUACUUUUGUCUAGCAGGAUUAUUAACUGAAGUGAGAAUUCAAGGUGUAUUCAAAGUGAAUUUCAGAUUUAAACCCCAUGUAGCUGAAAUGGAAAAAUUCUAUGAGUCAGCUUGGCUUCCAGUUUGACUACUCGUGUCUUGAAUUUGAAGUUCACUGUGAGUCCCUUCUCACUGGCACCCUAACGUUGUUAGCUCUCACUCUUCUGUAAUAUAGUAAAACCUUUAAAUAUGUUAUUUGUGACAAGGCCUACUUAAUGUGCCAUAUUAUUAUAUUAUUAACUAUACAUUAUACUGUAGAGAGUUUGUAGGGAUUUGGGGGAUUGUAGAGAUUUUGUUGUUUGUGCAGGGUUUGGGGCCAACUCUAGAGUUAAUACUGCAUGAGCAGAGUUUAUAUAUUAGUCUGAAUUCAUUCAAAGAUUUGUUGCAAUAAAAUGAUUUAUAGAACAUGCCAGGGAUGACAGAUAGACAAUGGGUGUGGUUCUGUGAGGAGCAUAAGCCUCUGGUCCUUUUACUACAUUGCAACUCCCCUGCUACCAGACACAGCUUCCAAGUCUUCUAAUUAGUAAAAGAUUUAGAUUUGGGUCCACUAGGGAGGGGAGACAACUGUAGGCACUAUAAAAACAUAAUCUAGUAAGUGCAGUGUUCCUUUAAAGAACCACAGAUGUGAUGGCACUCACUCGUUAUAUUAUUUAUAUAUAUAUAUAUAUAUAUAUAUAUAUAUAUAUAUUAUAUUAAUAUAUAUAUAUAUUAUAUUAAUAUAUAUAUAUAUAUUAUAUUAUAUUAAUAUAUAUAUAUAUAUAUAUAUUUAUGGAGAGAGAGAGAGUAAAAUAAUUAUAUAUAUAUAUAUAUAUAUAUAGUUACACAACACAAUAUUUAAUUUAUGUGGAAUUAUUUUUACAUAUGGACAUAUCUCAUAUUUUGCAGCCUUUUUAGGAAUCUGUAUUCCCAAGUAGAUUCAUUAUGCUACAUAAUAACAGCACCAGGCUAUUGGUUAGAACUAGGUAGGAAAACAUUUUGCUUCCUUGUGGCAAUCCUUUGCUUAUAAGUUCAAUAAGGUGUUGCAAACAUUUCCUAGGGAUAGCGGGACAUGCUAACUAGAUGAAAGCACACAUUUAUUCACACACAUUCACUGUGUGAAGUUAACAUUCCACUUCACCACAGAAGUGUUCAAAUUGUUUGAAAUCUGAGGACUUAAACAGUCAUUCAAAAUAAUAACAGUCGUGUCCAUGUACCCAGCUUGAGAUAAUGCAUGAUUUGUGCUAUUUUUGUUAUCUUUCUGGAAUAUCUGUUGGAAAUAUUUAGAAUAGGAUCACGGUCACGGUCAAAAUUAUAUAAAAAUAAUAAGGCAUGUAGAUUAUGUUCAAUUAUUACUACUUAUUAUCACCAAUUAUUGGAAUUUCAAAUGCCUUGUAGGUUUUAGUCAAUUAGAAGUGGAGACAAAUUAAGAAAAAAAGGUUCCCUAUAAUUUUAGUGAGUCAAUAUGUGUAGGCACAGGUUCAUCAUAUUUCAUGUCUACAGGCAGCUGCCCUCCAUUUUCUAUUUGAUUUGCUAUACUACCAUUGCCUUCCACAGUGCAGAGGGGACCCCUUUCAAUUAUCUAGUUUAGGUGUUUAGUAAAGGUUUUUGAAUGAUAAUUAUAUUUAUUCAAAGAAAGGGUCUCUGAGCUAAUUUUCCAGUUUCAGAACUGAUUGCCAUGCUAAAAAGUGUACAUAAUUUGUUUAAAAAAAAAUGAGGUUGUCCCAAUAGAUUAAUCCGUAAAAAAGAUUUUUUUCAGGCAAAUCGGGUUUUGUCCAUGUGGCUUUUAAGCAUUUAAAAGAAUCACUCAUGAUAUUAUUAUUUUUUUAGUCAAGAAGAGAUUAAUCCUGCAAGCCUUCGAGAGGAUGCUGAUUUAAGUCAGCCGCCAUUUUCAGAAAAUUAUGACGAUGCCACCAUUGAUGAGUUGAUCAACCACCUCCCAUUGGUAUGUAAAAUGUUUAUAUACAAAUAAGAAAUAUUUGAGAACAUCAAAAUGCAUGCUUAUUAGCCCCAGGCUAAAAUCCACAGAAGAAAUAUUUGAAAAGCACAAGUUAUCUAGAGAAUCAUUUUGUUAUUUGUGACCAGGGUAACACACGAUUUUCUCCAUGAUUGUUCUACUCAUGUAUGUCAAAAUCUCAGCAAUCUUUUCAUGCUGCACUUUGCUUAUAAAAACAUACAAUUUACCUACAAACCAGACAAGGCUGAUUCAUACAGUCCACUUCUCCCAUGUUAUUAAUUAGUAUACUGGUGGGGGGGCGGGGGCAUUGAGUCAUAACUCACUGGCAAAAACAUUGCAGUGCUGUCCUCCAUACUAGUACCAAUUGUAAAGAAAAGCAAAUCAUGAUCUUUAAUUCAAUAUGAUAAGAGCAAUGAUUGUAGAUAACAUCAAAGCUGUAGUGUGUCCACAUCUGAGCAUUAGAAUAAACAGAUAUAUAUCUAUCUUUCGAAACAAAGAAUGCAAUUUACAGAGUAGAAGUCUGAUAUAUGUCAAGUGUUUUUAAAAAAUAAAUAAAUAUAUAAAAAUAUAAAUUUAAGUGACUUAAUAAUAGGUGAAUGAAUCAAUCAAUUAAGCUUGAAUUACUAUGAAACAAUCAAUAUGCAAAACAUAGAAAUGGUUGCUCCAUUAUAGUAACAUCCCCUGGAUGUUGGGCAAAAGUAACAUCCCCAGGAUGUACUCGGAAACCAGAGUAAUCAGAAGGUACCCAUCCUGGCUAAAUACUUUGCUGUUAUUAUUAAGUAAAAUCAAUGCAAAAAUGGUAGCUAACAUUUCUAAUAAAGUCUAAGCCCUGAUAGUAAUUGUUUUCCAUUCUGCAGCCAAGACAUAUGAAAAAUAUAUGAUACAUAUAAGAAUGUAUGUUCGUUCAUGUGGAAUUAUGAUAAAGAUGCUGCUAAUUUUAGGUACAAUACCUACUUAUGGUAUAAAGAGCAGAAAACCUGAACUUAGCAUUACUAAACUGUCAAUAUUUAAGAAAUGCUGAAGCGUUGGAAUACAUAUCUGCUCCUCAUUAAGGAGCAUUGGAGAGAUUGGGUGCAUGCGCAGCCAUGGAGAAUCAUUGAAUACAAUGAUUCUCUAUGGUUGACCAUGACGACACAUGCACACUUGAAGUCACGGUACAUUACGUAUGAGAGUCAAGAAAUAAGAUUCCCAGCUCUCAAAUUCAGAGGGUUUGGAGGCUUGGCUGAAAACCACCCUUCCAAGCCCUCUAAUUAGUGAACUAACAGGUUUUGAUGGCUGGGGAGGGGAGUUAGGGGGGUAGGACUUCAGGCACUAUAAGAACUUCAAUAAAAUGAAGUUGUUAAAGUGCCUACAGUUCCCCUUUAAAUAUAUGCCAUUUAAAGAUGAUUAUUACUAUUAUUAUUAUUUAUAUGGCAUAAACAUAUUCCGCAGAGCUGUAUAAUGGGUGGACUAACAAACCCGUAAUUGUAAUCAGACGAGUGGAAUGCACAGGAACAGAGGACUUGAGGGCUCUGCUCAAUGAGUUUACAUGCUAAAGGGUGUGGGGUAAAGUGAAACAAAAUCAGAUAGAAGAACAAAUAGAUACAGCGCAAACUUCAAAAUGGCAGCAGACACUGGUACUUGGAUACCUUAACAAUCCAAGGAUACAAGACAGAUAAAGAAGAAAAAACAUGUUUAUUUGUUCUUUAAAGUGAAAGUAAAGGAAAGGGUAGAAAAGUAGGUUGGUAAAAUAAUAUUCACUGAAGACCUAGUUAUAUUUAUUUUUUAAUAACAGUUGCAGGAGAGGAAAUCCGUGUGUGAGGGUGGGGAGCUAUUACCAGUUUAAUUGAUACUCUUUCCUAUAGUGAGUUUUUAAAGAUUUUCUGAAGUAGUGGAGACUGAGUGAAUGUCUAACGGAGAAGGGAAAUGAGUUCCACAGGAACGGUGCAUCCCUAGAGAAGGUUGUUUUUGGUUAUGUCAGACAUUCUGUAGUUCAUUCGUCUAUUUAAUGCCCUUGAUGUUCUGUAAUGAAUGCUAAAAUUAACCUUUUACUCUCUCUCUCUUUACAGAACCUUUGAAAAAGACCAUUUGGCUGUUUAAUCACAAGAACACGUUUACUAUAUUUUUGAGUUUGACAUAGUAUUUAAAACACAGAUGACUUCAGUAUUCAAACCAAAACAAAUAAUGUUGUGAGGUGAAAUUUGUGAAGAACAAAAUAUGUUUCUUAUAUUUAAAAGUUGACGUUUACACUGUAAAUAUUACUUUAGAGAUCUCUACUUACAAUUGUAUAUAGCUAUUUACUCCUUUUAUCAUGGAAAUCAUGUGAUUUCAUAUGCUUCAAACCCUUGACUUCAAUAAAUGCAUUGAAAAGAUGAAUAUGAAAAAUGAGGACAAUGUUAAACUUUUUAGGACGAAAUAUAACAGGAGUAACAAAUUUCAAAGAUGUUCCACUAACUAAUUGAAUUUGGAUUACAGUGCCAUGACCUAAACUGAUUUAUCAAUACAAAAUAAGGAAAAUCUAUUUUAGAGGGGAAAAAAAUCACACAUUACAUUGUUCAUAAUCACAUUGUUGCACUUUUUUCACAAAUUGUACUUUAUCCUUUAUUUUUUGUAAAAUUUAGAUAAUUUAAAUCAAUUUAAAAGGCUGAAUGUAUCCAUCAUUUCAAUGUUUUAUUUGAGUGAUGAAUUAAGGAUUUUGAAAGGUUAAGACAUGCCUAAAGGAAGAUGAAGGAUAGAGAUUUAUUUAAUGUAAAAAAAAUUAUCUACAACAUAAAUAUUCAAAAAUUAAUUGUGUAUAUCUUUGCUGAUGACAGCAUUACUUAUAUAUAAAGUGGAUACUGGGAAAUUAUAAUAUUUUUUCAAAAUGAAUGUAACUUAUGAAAUAUGC